UAUAAUAUUUUUUUGCCAUUGUCCUUUGGUCUCCUUUGAGUCUUGAGUCAGAUCUCCCAGUGCGAGCUUACAUUCAAAGAUAUACUGACUUGUACUUAAAUUUAUUUUUUAAAUUUCUCUAGUUUUCGCCAUUUAAAAUUUUUGUGUCAUCGGCAACAGUGAACGUGAUCAAUUUUCUUCUGUGACGAAUUAAAAGUUCGUCUUAACUUUAAGGAAUAAUUUGAAAAUAAAUAUAAUAAAUUUUAUAAAAAUGGACGUUGAUGAGUUCAGAAUUCGCGGGAAAGAAAUGGUCGAGUAUAUUUGUGAUUUUAUGAACAAUAUUCACACACGUCGGGUAACUCCUGACGUUGGUCCGGGAUAUCUACGUCCUCUAUUGCCGUCAGAAGCACCGUUUGAUGGAGAACCGUGGGCUGACAUUAUGAAAGAUGUCGAGAGUAAAAUAAUGCCUGGAAUAACUCACUGGCAACAUCCGCGUUUCCACGCGUAUUUUCCCGCCGGCAAUUCAUUUCCUUCGAUUCUAGGUGACAUGUUGUCAGACGCGAUUGGCUGUAUUGGCUUUUCGUGGGCGGCAAGUCCGGCUUGUACGGAAUUGGAAACUAUAGUUUGCGAUUGGUUUGGUAAAGCAAUGCAUUUGCCCAAUGAUUUUUUGUACUUCAGCCCUGGUAGUAGAGGCGGCGGAGUAAUUCAGGGAUCAGCGUCAGAGAGUAUUCUGGUCUGCAUGUUAGCAGCAAGAGCGCAGGCAAUAGCCCGCCUGAAGGAAUCGCCGGCUCAUGCUCAUCUUGAUGAAACAGCUCUUCUGGGUAAAUUGAUGGCCUAUUGCAGCCGCGAAUCUCACAGCUGUGUUGAGAAGGAUGCGAUGAUUUGCUUCGUUAAAUUAAGAAUCCUCGAGCCAGAUGAAAAGAGUAUCAUGCGCGGCGAGACACUGAAGCAAGCGAUCGAAGCCGAUGUCGCUGAGGGUUUGGUUCCGUUUUUUGUGUCCACGACAUUGGGUACCACUGCUUGUUGUUCCUUUGAUAAUCUCAAAGAAAUUGGACCAGUUUGUAGACAGUAUUCUGGGAUUUGGUUACAUGCAGACGCAGCUUACGCAGGCAAUGCAUUUAUUUGUCCAGAAUUGAGAUAUUUGAUGGCUGGUAUUGAAUAUGCUGAUUCAAUAAAUACGAAUACUAACAAAUUUUUGUUAACUAAUUUCGAUUGCUCGUGUCUUUGGGUGAGAGAUCGAUUCAAAUUGACUAGUGCGCUUGUUGUUGAUCCAUUGUAUCUUCAACAUACACAUGCAGAUACUGCUAUUGACUAUAGACACUGGAGUAUUCCAUUGAGUAGAAGAUUUCGAUCAUUGAAAUUAUGGUUCGUAUUGAGAAAUUACGGAAUAAGUGGAUUACAAGCUUACAUACGUAAUCAUUGUAAGUUAGCUAAACAAUUUGAACAAUUUAUACGCAAGGACGAUCGUUUUGAAGUCUGUAAUGAAGUUGUGCUAGGACUCGUUUGUUUUCGCGCAAAAGGUUCCGAUAAAUUGAAUCAAAAGCUCCUGAGCAUGAUCAAUGAUUCAGGAAAAAUUCAUAUGAUACCAGCGAAAGUUAAUCAGAAAUACACGAUCCGUUUUGCUUUGGCUGCACCGAAUGCAACUUCUGAAGACGUCGAAAUUGCAUGGAAUGUUAUCACUGAUUACUUGUCAGAAAUUUUAGAAGGCAAAGAAGUUGUGGAUAAACUCGCAGACAUACGAGAAAAAAAACGCAAAGCAACUUUGGAACAACGAAGAUCAUUUUUCGUUCGCAUGGUAUCUGAUCCUGCGAUCCAACCAGGAUUUACUAAGACACCAAAUAGACCAGAAGCUAAACUGGAAACACAAGCGACUAUUGGCGGACUUGGUUCCAAUCCUCGUACCACAAGUUCGUGGAUAUCAUGGCCACUGGCUUACUUAAUGUCUCGUGAAUCAACGGACACAAGUGAAUUGUCUUUGAGAUUUCGCCACUUGGAUACGAUGGUCCGUUUGAAAACAGGGGCGGGAAGCCGACGAGGUAGCAGCAAUGGCUGCAGCCCCGAGCCAUCUCCAACGGUAUCGCCAUCACGAGGACGGUCACCAAAUGGCCGAUCGUAAUUUAUCUCUAGUAAAUUAAUAGAAAAUUUAUAAAGUAACGACUAACG